CCUCUUACACAUCUUGCCGCGAGAUUUCAGCCUUGUUGGAUUCGGGAGCACCACUGGCUACAACAGUUAGCCCUCUUGUGUGUUGUCAGGCUUUACUUCUCCAUUGUGAACUGUCUUAACGGGUCAGAAGAAGCUCACAGCGCGGACUUUUAAUCCGCCACCAGCUGCCCUGCAUUCGUUUACUGAGAAGUUAUCCCGGGACAUAUUAGCACGCUCUGUGGCACGAAAUAGGUCAGAACUCGGCCCGUGUUGACAGCUGGGUUUGGUCGUUUUCCUCACCCGUACCUUCAUUCAGCGGGUGUUAAGUCUUUAACGGUUUUCAGACGAUGGUUUUGCUUAAAAACCUCCACCCCCCCACCGAGGGAGUGCGGCACGAGCAAGCCGAGACCACGGCGGUCAUGGGCGGCCAGAAGCUGGGAUGUGGCACGUUAUACGUCGCUGAAACGCGCCUGUCGUGGUUCGAUGGUUCAGGCUUGGGUUUCUGUCUUGAGUAUCCAACCAUCGGCCUGCACGCCAUUUCCAGAGACGUCUCUGCAUACCCACAGGAACAUCUGUACGUCAUGGUCAAUGGCAAAGUUGGAGAUGAGAACGAGGCUGAAAUGGCGGAGAAACCUGCUGCUGAUGAUGAUGAUGAUGAAGACGACAGUAGCAGCAGCAGUGGAGACGAUGAUGAAGGAACGAUCACAGAGAUCAGAUUUGUGCCCAGCGACAAAACAGCAUUGGAGUCCAUGUUCUCUGCGAUGUGUGAGUGCCAGGCCCUGCACCCCGACCCAGAUGACGAUGACUCCGACAACGACUUUGAGGGAGAAGAGUACGACGUGGAGGAGGCAGAGGCAGAGCACGGCCACAGAGACAUCCCCACCUUCUACACCUGUGAUGAGGGUCUGUCGUCGCUCACUCAGGAGGGUCAGGCCACGCUGGAGAGGCUGGAGGGGAUGUUAGCUCAGUCAGUGGCUCAGCAGUACAACAUGGCUGGGGUCCGAACUGGAGAAGCCAACGCUGAAUUUGAAGAUGGCAUGGAGGUGGACACAGCAGCCAUGGAGGCCGGUCAGUUUGAGGAUGCAGACGUCGACCACUGAUCAAAGCCGUCCCAACAACCACUCAGCAGCAGUGUUGCAUCAUGGGACUGAAGAGGAGGACAUCAGCACUUCUGUAAAGCUCAGCUCUUACUUUAACUCUUUCUGUUCCUAAACCUUCUUCCUGUGUAUUCAGACAUUUCAGCGGUCUGUUUGUAGUUUUUCUUUCGUGUUUGAUACGGUAAAUUAUGCUGAUGGUUUUCUGCUCAUCAUCCUUUUUCACUCUCUUGUCUCAUUUUUCGAGGUUUAUAUGAACAGAAUGUGCUGUAAAUUGCUAAGUCGGCUUCUGUAGACGUUUGUGAUGCAGAACCAAGAAUGCUAUUAAAUACGUUUUUGUUGCUGUUUUGUACCUAAUGACGAGUUUAAUAUCUGCUUUUCCUGCUGACAAGAGUUCAUGUCUUUGUAUGAAAUUGUCAAUAAAUGAAUAGUUUUUGUAUGAGA